GAGAAGAAAGAGCCAAACUUUCUUUUCCCCAGCCAGAUGAGCACGGAGUGAAGGCUUUGAUUUGUGUCACAUGGCAGCCGGCGACAGUCAUCACCGCUCCACCUGAUCUCUGCAACUUUACCUUGAACGCGGAUUGUUCUCGUCAUCUUCCUCUUCUUCUUCUCUCUGCUGAAGUUUUCUCACGGCCAGAUCUCUGUCAGGAGCUCCAGGAGCGGGCUGCAUUCCAAUUCAUUAAAGCUGCUUCUCCAGCGUCUUUCUGUGUUGGCCCGCUCCUCCAACCGUCCUGCCUGAGUUCUAGAGGAUCACGACCAUCACUUUCUCCAGCGGCUACCAGGAUGAGGCACGUGUCUCCGCACUGGCUGAGGGGCGUGUCCCUGCUCCUGCUGCUCCAGACGACCACCUCCAUGGUGAUGCUUCCAAACUCCACGGGCUGGGAGCAGAUUCUGGACAAGUACCUGGACGAGCAGGGGGACUGGUGGGAGGCCAAGCACAGGGGGAAGAGGGCCAUCACCGACAGCGAUGCGCAGCUCAUCCUGGACCUUCACAACAAGCUCAGGGGCCAGGUGUACCCUCCUGCUUCCAACAUGGAGUACAUGGUGUGGGACACAGAGCUGGAGCGUACGGCAGAGGAGUGGGCAGAGACCUGCCUGUGGGAGCACGGUCCUGCCAGUUUACUGCCACAGAUCGGACAGAACCUGGGAGCACACUGGGGAAGGUAUCGUCCACCCACGUUUCAUGUGCAGGCCUGGUAUGAUGAAGUGAAAGACUACUCCUUCCCUUACCCUCAGGAGUGUAACCCCUAUUGCCCCUUCAGAUGCUCCGGCCCUGUUUGCACUCAUUAUACACAGCUGGUUUGGGCCACCAGCAGUCGGAUUGGCUGUGCCAUCAACUUGUGUUACAACAUGAACGUGUGGGGACAGAUUUGGGCCAAAGCCGUCUAUCUUGUCUGCAACUAUUCACCAAAGGGAAACUGGUGGGGCCAUUCGCCUUACAAACAUGGGACCCCAUGCUCUGCCUGUCCACCCAGCUAUGGCGGAGGCUGCAGGGACAACCUCUGCUACAAAGAUGACAGCUCCAACCCUCCACGAGAGGAAACGGAAGAAAACAACUUCAUUGAGCCAGAGGCCCCCCGUACUCCACAGAAGCCCUGGUCUAGGGCCUCCAAACCUGAGCCUCCCAAUCUCCCCGCCCCGGCCCCCACCAAGCCCCCCACAGAGGACCUGCAGAAGAAUGAAGUGGUGAACACGCAGCAGAUGUCUCAGCUUGUGACCUGCGACACGAAGCUUCGAGAUCAGUGUAAAGGAACACCAUGUAAUAGAUAUGAGUGCCCAGCUGGGUGCCUUGAUGCUACAGGAAAAGUAGUUGGGACAGUAUACUAUGAAAUGCAAUCCAGUGUCUGCAGAGCUGGCCUACAUGCUGGUGUCAUAGAUAAUGAUGGAGGAUGGAUGGAUGUAACAAGACAGGGCAGAAAAGACUUUUUUAUCAGAUCCGACAAGAACGGAGUGCAGUCUGUAGGAAAAUAUCAAAGUGCUAAUUCCUUCACAGUUUCCAGAGUAGCAGUCAAAGCCAUCACAUGUGAAACCACAGUUGCACAGCUGUGUCCAUACCAAAAGCCUGCAAAGCAUUGUCCAAGGCUAUACUGCCCUAGAAACUGUUUAGAGGAGAAUCCUCACAUAUCCAGAGUAAUUGGUACCAGAAUAUACUCUGAUAAGUCCAGUAUAUGCAGAGCAGCGGUCCACGCUGGAGUAGUCAGGAAUGAUGUGGGUGGUUACAUCGAUGUGAUGCCAGUGGACAAGCGGAAACACUACAUUGCUUCAUACCAGAAUGGCAUUUUCUCAGAGAGCCUUCAAAACCCUCCUGGAGGGAAGGCGUUCCGGGUGUUCGCUGUGAUUUGAGUGCCCCAGAGGGCGGCUUCACCAAACAGAAAGCGCACUUGGGCUGUUGAAUAGGCGGUAAUCAAGCCCUGUUGUCAAACUCAAUGACUGAAAUGUUUCUGGCUUUGCUACACUUCAGGGGUUACAGGUCGUCUCCAUGACAGCGUAAACCCAGCAACAAAAACUUGACACGUACACAAUGAGAAACUGUCAGUACUCACAUGCAUGGUGUUUUCAUUUUGUCAUCUCUGGUGGGACAUGGUAUGAACUGUAAAUAUCUCUGAAUAUUUAGUUUGUACAUAUUUGUUAAUAGUAUUACACUUGUUUUGUCUUUGUGCCAUUGCCUUGCCUUUUAUCAAAUAGCUGUGUAUGAGUACUGAUUGUAGAAAUCCUAUGAUAUAACAUUAUAAUGGCACUUAAGGAUGAAUAUCAUUUUUAUUGUAUUAAGUCUGGCACAUUUUUACAGGUGCUCUGGAGAGGUUUCUUCUCAUAUUUUGUACUUUUGUAAUGAUCGGGGAACAGAUUGUUAUGCAUUUAUUUUUAUAUGAUUAUGCUUUAUAUCAACAUGAUUUAUAAAGGAUGCUGCUAUAUGUUUUUUGUAUUGUUUUUGUGAUUGCCAGUGUGAUGGGUUUUGUUUGUUUGGUUAUUUUUCCAGAUAAUGUGGUUCAGUUAAAACUCCCCGCAGGUCGGGAAGUGCACUCAUCCCUCAGAGCUGUCAUUCCCUAAACAAAACCUAUGUGCUCGACUUCAUCGUGCGUCGCAUUUUACUGGAUGUCGCUAAGAUUCAGGUCAUGUCUAUUCAUCUCCCGUUGAUAUUGAUAAAGUAAUACUAUGCAACAGUUUUAUUUCAUCCACUUUGUAGGGGAAUGGUGAUUUUAACAUAUAUUUGUUCAUAUUUUACCAGCUCUCAGCUUUCUUUCAAGCUGCAAUUAAUAUAAUGGACAAUUAAAUGUAUUUUUGGCACUGUUUCUCUGUGCAUUAUAUGUACUUUCCUACCUCAAGUUGUUAGGAAAAGUCCAUUUUGCAAUAAAAUAUUACA